CGUAUACGAAGCAAUUCAAAAGAUUUCCGAGUGACUCGAGAGGAAUAUCAUCAUUUUCUGGAAUUUCACAGCCGAUGGCCAUGUCCUAUACCGUAGGUCAAAAAGAUUCUAAGCGUGGAUCAAUAACAAGCGUUGCUGGAAUGUUUCGCAACGGAUCACCGGUUAGAAAAACCUACCAUGAAAACGAUGUAACUUUUCCGUUGUACUAUAAAUCCGUUGUACGUGGUACCACAUCAACACCAUUACCCGGUGUAAGAGAGACACCUUUUAAUACAUCAGUUUCAACGAUUUUUUCGAAUCAGAGUGCUGAUGAGACAGCUUUGGACUUGACAAUUCCAAAAAAUCGCCUUGAUACUCCUGCUGGACCUGCCGUAUUCUAUAAACAGGAGCCUUUCAAUUCAUCUUACUCGCCUAUCGAUUUACGUGUAUCCAAACUUUCUGAUCAUAUGAAUGAAAGCGACAACGUUAACAAUCACUUGGAGAGGAACAAAGCAGAAAUUGAGAAAAAACUUCCCAAGGAAAGUGACAAAGUUAUUAAUUGGUUCAAAUGGAACGAUCGAGAGAUUGAAUUGGAAGAAGACCCAACGGAAAGUGGCGAUGCUGACCAUCGAAUCGAGAGGAAUGAAGAGAAAAUUGAGUGGGAGGAAGAGCCCGAGGAGGAAGAAGAUGAUUUUGAAGGAGAUCCGUCUCUUCUGAACGAAUUUUCAAUAAACGAAUAUUUCGAAAACUACCGUAACAUGCACUCAGAUGAUGAGGAGUUUCCCGAUUCAGAUGAUGAUAUGCUCAAUAUGCAACGCGGUUUGAAACGAAAGCACCGGAGCAGAAAGCAAGAAUCUGAAAUUGCGGUUGAAUUAGUUGAAAUCUCCGGUCUAUAUCCACUAAAAAUUUCUGACAACCAAGAACAAGAAGAUAAUGAAGAUGACAUGGAUAAUACAACUCACCACAACUUGGAAAAAGAACUUGUUGAGUCGAAAGAAAAGAAAAUGUCACUAAGAACUAGGAACAAGUAUCUUCGGUUAAAAGGAAUGUCUUACACCAGAGCCAACGGCACUGUGGUUCCCGCACGUUCAGUUAAGAAAGGAUGUGAUUGCAGACUGAAAUGUUCCAGCAGAUACUCUGACGCAGCUCGAGAACAGCUGCUUCGAAAUCUUUUGGCACUCAAACGGUCGGGGCAAAACCAAUUCAUUGCAAACCAUAUGGUAGUUACCAAAACAGCUCGUCCAAAGGUCGUCAACUCUAGGCGUACCUUUUCCAGAUCAUAUGGACUCCCAGGAGUGACUGGAAUGGUAAAGGUGUGCAAGCUCAUGUUCACCGCAACGCUGGACAUCACGGACCGAAAAGUAAGGAACCUGGCCACGAAGAAAAUUGCAGGACUUGGCGUUGCAACGGAUGACCAGCGUGAAUUCAACACGGCAAAUACAAAAAUCAGCAAAGAUCACAUGGACUAUAUACAUCGCCAUAUUGACAGCUUCCCUGCCUACUCCAGCCAUUAUUCUCGGGAGGGUUCAGAUAAACGGUACCUGUCGAGUGAUCUGAGUAUCAAGACGUUAUAUAGCUUGUAUCAAGAGAAAUGCAGCAAAGAGAAUACCUGGAUACCUGUACAUUACGAUACAUAUAGGAUCAUAUUCAAAGGUAAGAAUUUGGCGUUUAGAAAACCCAAGGUGGACGUUUGUGGGGUAUGCGAGAAAUUCAGGAUUGCCGUUACAGGAGAAAAGAAUUGCGAUACAAAAAAUGGAUUAACAACAUCACACGAACAGCACCUAAAGGCAGCGCAUCGCGUAUACGAUGAAAAACGCCAGGACCGGAAGCUUGCGAAAGAAGAUUCAAAUCACCGUACGGUUUCUUUUGAUUUACAAAAGCAGCUCCCUACGCCAGACUUGCGCUGUGGACAAGCUUAUUAUUCAAGACAACUGUAUAGUACAAUUUGACAUUCUUUUCUUCUCAU